UUUUUUAUUGUACAAAAUUGAAUGUUACGAUCUGAGCUUGCAAGAAAGUCGAAUCUUCAAUCUAUUCACUAUCUUGCAACCUUCACGCUUAUCUACAACUCCGUCGCACAAGGCACUUGUUGUUCUAACUAAUGAAUAAUAACUUAAAAAGUUUAAUAGUAUAUUGUUCGUAGCAUAUAGAUAGAAGUCUGACUACUACAUUCGACUUAUAUAGUAAUCGAUUUUUAAUAUUAAUGAUCGUAUUUCAAUUUCGUCGCAGCGAUAAGAUUACAGACUGCCGUGACCUGCCUCAACGAGGUCCUAUAAUAACUGAUUUCGUAAAAUUUGGUGUUGGUGCCAUCUGGAUACUCAGUAUGGAGCAUGCUCAGAUACAGGGCACUGAUGGGGCUCAAGUGAUGACAAUAAACGGGCAGCAGCUACAAGUGCUGCAGAUGAACAACGCCCCACACAUGAUACAGGGACCAAAUGGACAGCAAAUUGUUGUGCAUGCUGUACCAUCGACAGGUCCUGCUAUACAGGUAGCAACACCUAAUGGCCAGCAGUUACAACAGUUGCAAGUUGUGCCAAUAUCUAGCAUCCAAGCAGGAGGUAACAUACAACCAAUGCAGCUUGUUCAGACUCCAGAUGGACAGACUUUCAUAUACCAGCCAGUUGCCACAAAUGCUCAGCCAACUAUUGAUCAGCACCAAAUUAUACAUCAACCUACCAUGAUUAAUCUAAAUGGAAGCCUCGUGCAAGUGGCUGGUGUUGGGAGUGCAGUACAAACACAACAGAUUGUAAAUCAACCUAACAUUGUUAUGAUGGUGAAUGGAGGUAACAACAACGCCGGCGCCAGUACAUCUGUGUCAUCGGAAGGUGCGAGUUCGUCGGCAGCUGGCUCUGACGAGGAACCGCUUCUGUACGUGAACGCGAGGCAGUACAAACGCAUUCUCAAGCGACGCGCCGCCAGAGCCAAGCUGCAUGAACUCGGAAAGAUACCUAAAGAAAGACCUAAAUAUCUACACGAAUCGCGCCACAGACACGCCAUGAAUAGAAUAAGAGGUGAAGGCGGGAGAUUCCACUCUGGCAGCAGGAACUUUUACAGGAAUGGAGCUAUGGAAGUUAUGGAGCCAGUCGGUGAAGAUACACACAAGCUAUUGGAAGACAUCAAACCUGAUACAGUGUCAAUUACAAUCAUACAGGAAGACGAGUCGCAGGAGCCGCAGCCUACACAGUGGAGACGACUAGCACCACAACAAACAUUACAGUCCACGUAGCAAACGUCGGACGAUGAGUCCUAGGCCCCGCGUGUCUUUUGACCAGUGAUAAAACAGAACAGUGUAUAGGGCCCGGGAGUGCGGGCAAAUAUAUAGAUAUAUUGACUUGGACUGCAAUGCAAUGUGUAAAUAUCGAAGGGAAUGAGGCUAUCCCAAAACCUGUUAAUAGCAUCACAAUAUCGUGAUCAUGGAAUUUGUUGUCCGUUUUGAUUCCAAAAUUAUGGUAUUUUUAUUCGUUAAUUAAUAAUAUAUUGUUAAAAAUAAAUGUGAAAUUUACAAGAUUUUACUCCACUGAUAUUUUGCUACUAAUAUAUCUGUUUUCAGCAGUAAUUUUAACACAAAUUAUUGUUCAAUGUUAGUUAUUAAAAGCCAAAGAGGUGUUUCAAGUUUCUUACAUUGGACUUAUGUAAGAAUGUAAAUAUUUGUGUAAGUAAUACUAUUGUAGACAUAACAGAAAUCUUUUAUACGCAAAUUUAAGUACAAAAUAAACAUGCAC